AUGGACGACAAGAUCAAGGCGGCUGCACGGCACGUGUUGAAUGAGGGCGACGACGCGUUGUCAGAUGACGAGCUGCUUGCUGAGCUUGAGAACGACCCGGCACUGGAGAAGCUGCGCGAGGCACGUUUGGAACAGAUGAGGUGGGAAAUGAACCACGUGCGCGACUUGCGGUCGCGCGGCCACGGGGAGUACCAGGAUAUCCAGAAGGAGGAGUCGAUGGUCAAGCUGAUUGGCAGCACAGCCAGGGGCAUAGUCCAUUUUACUCACCCACAGUUUGCACGCUGUAAGAUCCUGGACAAGCAUUUGCGCGCGCUGGCACUGUACCAUUUUGACACACGGUUUGCUUCGAUCAGUGUCGAAAGGUGCCCCUUCUUGGCGCAAAAGUUCCAAAUCCGCAUGCUUCCAUGCUUACUAGUUAUCGCUAAUGGGCGAGUCGUCGACAGGCUUGUGGGAUUUGAAGAGUUUGGCAACAAUGAUGGAUUUUCGACGGAGACACUUGAACGACGCCUGUGCAAGUCUGGCGUGAUUAAAAUGCCCAAAGGAAAGAUAUCCCACAUACCAGUGGAACAACGGCCAAUUGCAUAUAAGAUCGGCCAAGCAGGAUCCGAGGCAGCGGGUGACAGUGGCAGCGAGGUUGAGCUGGACUAUUGA